UGUUCUGUUUUCUUGCGGUGGAAUACCAUGAUGGGAAAGUAGCUGCUUUUACCGAUAGGUUCAUUCGAAAAAAAAAGUGAAAUUCGAAACAGGCUUCUCUCGGUCGGAUAUUCGGUUCAUUCGUUAUUAAAUGAAGGUCCACCCAUGUCGAGGACAGGUUGCAGGGACAAGGAUAAAGAAAAGGACUACAACCCUAUACGCAGGUCACACACCAUCAUGUGCCCUGAAGAUGUGGCUGCAGGCAAGAAAUCUUACUGGCCAGAGUUGGAGAUAACAGGCAUCAUCCGUAACCUGAGCCCUGCGCUCUGGAACCUGUCACACUUGCGCUGUCUGUACCUGAAUGACAAUUGCCUGUCACGUCUACCGCCAGGCAUUGCCCAACUAGUAGGACUGACUCACCUGGAUCUCAGCUGCAACAAGCUGCGCUCUCUGCCGGCUGAAUUGGGUGAUUUGGUGAUGCUGCGUCAGUUGCAUUUGAACCACAACCAUCUGCGAGUGCUCCCCUAUGAGUUGGGAAGACUCUUCCGCCUGCACACUCUCGGACUCGAAGGAAACCCAUUGGCCCCAGAGCUCGUCAAUAUGUACAAUGAACCAAAUGGUACAUCAAAACUCUUGGCAUACCUGUUGGAGAACCUUGUAGAUGGAUUGCACAGGGAGGAGGACGUAAAUGCUGGAACCGAGUACCUACCAGGUGUACUAUCUGAGGACGUCAUCUACCAAGACAGUGCUGAAUACUUCGUAAUGGCACCAGAGUCCAUGUGCCCUCAUCUGUACUAUUUUCCAGGAGACCAGAUGUGGUGGAGCGCUUACUCAUAUGAUCCAGCCUUUGGAGACCAGGUGUGGUGGAGCGCGUACUCAUAUGAUCCAGCCUUUGAAUAUUUCGUGUAUCCCAGCGAACCAGUCGAGGAGUACGACGUUACUGCGGUGCAACCACCGCAGCGGCCAUGGGUACAAGUGGUACAGCAAAUGCGAUCUCAGCCUACAACUGCAUUCACGGUGAUGUGCUACAAUGUGUUGUGCGACAAGUAUGCCACGAGACAAGUGUAUGGGUACUGUCCAGCCUGGGCACUUAGCUGGGAGUAUCGCCGAAAAGGAAUAAUGGAUGAGAUUCGGCACUAUGCAGCUGACAUCAUCUCUUUGCAGGAGGUAGAAACGGAACAAUUCCACGACUUUUUCCUACCAGAGCUAAAGCGAGACGGUUAUGAUGGCAUCUUCUCCCCAAAAUCUCGGGCAAAGACCAUGUCCGAGAGUGACAGGAAGCACGUUGACGGUUGUGCUAUUUUCUUUCAAACAAGCAAGUUCGCACUCAUAAAGGAGCAUCUUGUGGAGUUCAACCAGCUGGCCAUGGCUAAUGCAGACGGCUCAGAUGAUAUGCUGAACAGAGUUAUGACCAAGGACAACAUUGGUCUGGCAGCCCUGUUGCAGUUCAGAGAAGGCAUCUUUGAGAAUGCCACCCCAGAGCACAAGAGCCUACUGCAGCAGCAACCACCAUUGUUGGUGUGCACAGCACACAUUCACUGGGAUCCUGAGUACUGUGACGUGAAGCUGAUUCAGACUAUGAUGCUGAUGCGGGAGCUGCGCACCAUUGUUGAUGACGCUGUGCAGUUGCUUAGGGCUGGAUCCCUGGGAGGGCCUCACCGUAGAACUUCACUGGACACUUCCAGCAUUCCACUCCUACUCUGUGGUGACAUGAACUCCCUCCCAGACUCAGGUGUUAUUGAGUUCCUGAAGACUGGCCACGUCUCGGCAGACCAUCCAGACUUUAAAGAGCUUGGCUACAAGGAUUGCCUGCGCAAGAUGUGCCUGGAGUCUGACUCGCUCUUAGGUGGCAUGUACACUCAUCCCUUCAAGAUGAAGGAAGCUUAUGGAGAAGGCAUCAUGCCCUAUACAAAUUUUACGUUUGACUUCAAAGGAGUCAUCGACUACAUCUUCUUCACACAGCAGCACAUGUCAGUGCUAGGGGUACUAGGGCCCUUGGAUCCUCAUUGGCUGCAGGAGAACAAGGUGGUCGGCUGUCCACAUCCACAUGUGCCGUCAGACCAUCUGCCCCUGCUGGCCCAGCUUGAAAUGGCGCUUGUGACUAAUGGCCUGGUCCAGCGCAGGUAGCAACGGCAGGAGCCAGCCCUCCCCCAUCAUCGUCUUCUGUCCCCCACUGGUUCACUCUGCGUGUGUCUGGACUUGCUCGAGUCCUAUGGUUAAGGCACCAUGACUGCUGCUUCUCAGUGAUCCCAUUUUGCUGUGAUCACUGCUGUGGCAAAACAGCCUCUCUAGUGCCGUGUGCCAGUUGGCAUUCCCCUUUGUUGGUUCAUCCUAGUGUACCAUAUAAAAAGAGGGUUGGUGAUGCUCCUCCUGUGCUUAUUUUGGUCUUGGGUCAGCUGGGUCAGCAGCAUUAGGGGUAGCAGCAGCAGCAGCAGCAGCUCAGAUCUAGGUCAUGGGUAACUCUGCCUUCAUUCCUCCUUUUCUUCAUAUUCUGUAGAAAUCUGCAGUUAAUGACUCAAAAAGGCCCCAGCAUGAUUUAUAAAACAAUUAAAAAAAAAAAGAAGCAGGAGUUGUGCAGUCAGUACUGUUAUCAUGCAGUUAAUUGCCCUUAAUUUUCUUUUUUUUAACAGUUGGCAUUUUAGUUAUCUUUCUAAUUCUUGAAGCAUAGCUCUAUGGCCCCUUUCUUUUUUGCUACAAAACUAGAGGUGCAAGUUCCUCUUCCUGCAGAAACAGUGCAUUCCUUAAUGUAAGCCACCUUUGGAACAUCUUUGGGUAAUAAGUCCUGUUGAAUGGCACACGAGGCACUGGAAGAAAAUAAUAGAAAUUCUGCUUUGAAUGUCAUAAUCUUUACUUGGUAUGCACUGUGGUAACAAAGAAGCAAGGGUACCAACUAAUGGUAAUUGAUAGCUGAUGCUUAUUUUCAUUUGAUUUUUGUUUUAACUGCACCAAAGCAUUGUUUUGUAUUGCUUACUGCUUAUAAAGCAAAGAUCAGCAAGAGUUCUUGUCUGUUGCAUUGCAUUAAAACUUGUAUCGGUAAUGCAACUUUAUGGCACAUUUCAACUAGAAUGGGCCAACGGUUAAGAGCACUGACCAGUACUGGAUUUUUGCCCUAUCAGAGAUGGCAGCCUGAGAGUUGAUAGCUUGAAAAAAUGUAAAAUAUGAAAUUGCUGCCAGACAACAUGUCGAAGUUUUCGACUUGCUUUGGGGGCCAAAGCAAGUAACUAAGUCUGACGACAGAAGUAUGUAGUUUCUAUCAUGCAAUUGACCCAUAUUUUCCAAUUUAUUCAGUAAGGAAACACACAAGAACAGCUUAAGGACCAAGCAAGGCCACUCCUUCUAUUAAUGCCCCUGUGGUGUGUGGUGUGGUGCAUCCUUUGACACCGUCCACUUGCCCAUCAUAGCCAUUUGAGGAUUGCCAGAGAGGAUUGGUUUUGCACUUUUGUAAAAACUUAAAACUGCCACUUGAACACUCAUGAAAUGAAUUGGGAUAGCUGCAUACUGACAGAGAAAGCACCAUCUUUUUUGGGGGAAAAAAUGUGAGACAAAGGUGGGAGCUUUUUUUAAUGCGCCUGUGUGGAAUAAGUUGAUGUGUAAGGUGAGAUGUUACUGGCAUCUUGUGCAUGUGAUCCAGGCAAGUGCUGCUGUUGUAUAGCAUUGAAGCCUCUCAAUGCAUACUUCAGACAGUCAUGUACAGUUGGAAACUGCCCCUCUGGUGCAACUAUGUACUUGCUUGUAUGCUGCAGCUGGGAAAAUGCUGCUGAGUCCACAUAAAGGGAGGAAGGAACUGUUUCAGCAAUGUGAGCUUACCUGCAGUUAGACUUCAUUCCAUGUAACCUCAUAGUGCAUUGCUCUUAAGUGCAGACUAGCAUCAAUUUCAUUGGAACACUGGCUGCCAUGAGUAACGAAGCAUUGCUGACACAGUUCAUUCUCUUUGGUGCUGUAUGCUUAUCUUCCUACACAAUGUCUUGUUGGGUUGGAAAUGCUACUGAAAGACUGUCUUGUCAUGGUUGUGCUCUCAGAUACAUAGUUAUAGCGUGUAUUUCUGAAGUGGUGGGCUAGGCGUAAAGACGUAUGUACACAUUUAAUGAGAAAUUAUGGUCCAAGCCAUGAGUAUUUGUGUGAUGUGCAGUCAUAUGUCGACUAGACAUAGCAUUUCAUUUUUUCUUGUCCAAACAUCACCUAUAAUGGAUGACCCAGGGUUAAUUUUGAGAGGGGAGCUUGCAUUGGCACUUAAUUGGUUAAGAUAUCAAAGUCCUUGUCUAAGAAUAAAGUUUCAGAAAAAGAAACUGCAUUUUCAUUUGUCGCAUGCUGUAGUAUAAUUGCUUUCUUUAUUUUGUUGUAGUUGUUGGCCGUGGUCUGCCGUAUUUAAGACAAAUCUAUUUUUUUAGUACUUCUGAUCAGAGUAUGACUGGGGAGACCCAUGUGCAUCACUGGUUAAAUCCUGCCAAAUCUGUGGCCUGCCAGUUAUGAAAUAUAUUUUUGCUUGAGUUUUUAUCAAAAUUGAGGUCAACAACAGUUUUCCUUUCUUUUUCCCCCUCAAUGUUUCGUGCAGUGCUAAGGUCAUAUUCUUUGCCCUGUAUUCUAGAGCUAGCUGCUUGUGUACAAUGCAUCAAUGUAUAUAGAAGCUAAGAACUGACGUGUCAUGAAGAGCUGGCUUUUCUCAUCGAACAUGACAAAAUUUUAAUUUUUUUUCUUUCACCGCAUCCAGUAUUGCAGAUUUGUGUGCACAGGAUGAAAAUGCAUUUGUGUGAAGCUGUUGUCUUUGCUAUGAUUGACUUGAUGUGGAUGUUCCAUUUUUCAUGCAAUCGCACCAUACUACAAGGGUUCUAAAUUCCAGUUUUUUUUUUUUUUUCUAACCCUUUUUUUAUGGAUGUUUUGUAAAGUCUCCUUGUUAUGAGUGUUGUAGAGAGUUCUUCAAAUUGAAAUAAAACAUGGUUGAAGUCCUUGCA